AUGCAAGUUUGGGGGCCGGAGUUAAGGGCAUCAUGGCAUGGAGCUACAGCCACAGGCACACAGGAGGUGUAUGCAGCGUCCAGGGGGCAUGCCAUGCAACGUCGUGGAGUGCGAACGCAGACACGAAGGCAGGUGCAAGCAUGAGCAUGGGUGCAAGUGGAAGCGCAAGCGGAAGCGUGGACGCGGGCAUGCUCGACGACGGUGUCGGUAUCGCAAUACGGGGUUGCGAUUACGACACUUAUGCAUACAAGGGAACAAGCGCAAGGUGCGGUAUGGCUCGAGGCACUAGGGCGCGCAAGUGCAAGCACGGGCACGAGCGUGACAUGGAACGCUCGAAAGGCGGGCUUGGCAUGAGUUCGCAAUGUCAAUGCCACGACCGUGGCAUGGGGUCCUGGUCGAGACACGCAAACGCGCGCAGGAACGACCAAGGGCGUCCACAUAGUGUGCCAUGUGCGCAGCGGAAGAAGUGUCAACACGAGAGAAAUACACGUGGCUAUGGUGUUGACAACUUUGCAGCGGACUAGAGCGAUCCAAAACUCUCUAGAAGCUGUUGGGCACAUGGGAACAAUACCAGACAGAGGUCUGGAUGGGCUUGUUGGGCCAAGCUCGACCUAGGAUCUUCCUAGGGCCUUGUACAUAGUUCUAGAAUGGGUUGUUCUAGAAUAUUGUAGGCUAGGCUUAGGAGGGAGAAUGGAGAGUUGGCUAGCAAGAGUGAGCUGCUAGGUGAGUGAGUGUAAAUAGGGUUUGUACUCAUGGUCUUGUACACUCCUUUGCGAUCUUAAUAAAUUCUCUUCUUCUCC